UGCCGCCCUCUGAUAAUGCAGCAUGGGCGAAAAUACCAGACCAAAAAGCUACAGCCGAGGAAGCAGACCGCUCUACUGUUAACAAUUUUGGACGAUUGAACUGAAAGUGAUGUUCCAACAAUGCCGAUAGUGGAUAAACUCAAAGAGGCGUUAAAGCCUGGUCGAAAGGAGACGGGGGAUGAGGGGGACCUCAACAAACUGUUGGCCUCUUCUGCCAAGAAGGUCCUCUUGCAGAAGAUCGAGUUUGAGCCUGCCAGCAAGGGUUUCUCAUAUCAACUGGACAGCCUGAAGAACAAGUAUGUUAUCCUCAAUCCCCGGAACGAGGGCGCUACGGGCCAGAAGGCCUCAGAGCCGGCCUCGAUAAAGAGGCAAGUCUCAGAGAACUCAGGUGGGGGCCAGAGCGAUGGGAUCUCUGCCCCACAGAAGAUGCUCUUUCCAGGGAGUAAGCUCACCCUUAAAUGGGAGCGUGUGUACAGGGUGGGAGCCGGUCUCCACAACCUGGGAAACACCUGCUUCCUCAACUCCACAGUGCAGUGUCUCACCUACACCCCGCCACUUGCCAACUACUUACUCUCAAAGGAGCACAGCCGUGCCUGUCACCAGCCAGGCUUUUGUAUGAUCUGUAUAAUGCAGAACCAUAUCAUUCAAGCCUUUGCCAACACAGGCAAUGCCAUCAAGCCUGUCUCCUUCAUCAGAGACCUGAAAAAAAUUGCCAGACAUUUUCGCUUUGGAAGCCAAGAGGAUGCUCAUGAAUUUUUGCGGUACACCAUCGACGCCAUGCAGAAAGCCUGUCUCAAUGGCUACCCCAAGCUCGACAGGCAGACCCAGGCCACAACCCUGGUCCACCAGAUCUUUGGAGGUUACCUCAGAUCAAGAGUGAAAUGCUCUAUUUGUAAAAGUGUGUCCGACACGUAUGACCCUUACCUGGACAUCGCUGUAGAGAUUCGGCAAGCAGCAAACAUUGUUCGUGCCCUUGAACUGUUUGUUAAACCAGACGUACUAUGUGGAGAGAAUGCAUACAUGUGUGCUAAGUGCAAAAAGAAGGUUCCGGCGACCAAGCGCUUCACAAUCCAUCGACCAUCUAACGUGUUGACCGUUUCUCUGAAGAGGUUUGCCAACUUCAGCGGCGGGAAAAUAACAAAGGAUGUUGGGUACCCAGAGUUCCUGAACAUCCGCCCCUACAUGUCUCAGAGCUCAGGCGACCCUGUGAUGUACGGCCUCUACGCGGUGCUGGUGCACUCCGGCUACAGUUGUCACGCUGGCCACUACUACUGCUAUGUCAAGGCAAGCAACGGGCAAUGGUACCAAAUGAAUGAUUCAAUGGCGCACUCUAGUAACAUCAAGGUGGUGUUGAACCAACAGGCCUACGUGCUUUUCUACCUGAGGAUCCCUGAAACAAAGAAGAAUGCAGAUGGACAGAGUACCAAGCAGGGCAUGUUGCAUCCUGGGAAGAACAGUGUGUCGUCUGAGCAGAUUAAGAGGGCCAAUCUGAACGGGCCUCUCUCCUCCCCGCAGAUCACUAAGAAACUUGAGCCUGCACAACUGCGUAAGAUCCAGUCCAUGGACGGUGGUUUGGGCCUCCCCAUUUCCAGGAAUGGUGUGGGCUCUCAGCCAGUGCCCAGACUCUCCAACUGGGUGUCCAACGGCACAUCAAAGCUGCCAGGUGGACCCACGUUUAUCGACGAGCCAUUCAAGAAGCUAAAGAAGCCGUCCCCCCAGAGCCAGGGGCCGUCUCGCAGCGGCACCCCCACCCCUUCCAACGGGGUCAGCAGGACGGAGGGAGACAAGAAGCAGGGCGGCGAGGGCAGAGGCAUGUCAGCGUCUACCUCAUUCAAGUCUUUGUCUGACUCCUCCUCUGCCGACACAUCGGACUCCAAGGACUCGGUGGGGACCAGAAGUGCGCCUGUCGGAGAGACCCCCUCCACCCCGCGGAAGGGCUCCCUCAGCCUGGCCUCUCCAGCCAAGAGCGUGGAGCGCUCUCAGAGCACAGAGGAGCAGAAGACGGCUAAAAUAAAACCCCCGGCCCUCAACAACAUCACGUCUGAAGCCACCAUGUCACCUCCACCUGCCAAGAAACUGGCCCUGUCAGCCAAGAAGGCUCGCAGCCGGAGACCGAGCAGCAUUGAUGCUCUGCCCCCUUUGCCACGCCAGCUGUCCAGUGACCCCACGCAUCAAAAUCAACUUAACCCCCUCACCUUUGCCUCACCUACCCACACUCACAGAGCUGUACCAUUCCAUUCACCUAUAGUCCAGUCUUUACCUUUGGCCCACUCAAGUGGAUCCUUCAAACAGCAGAGCCCUCAGAAACAGUCCCCUCUCUCCACUCCACAAAAACCAAACGCCAGCCUUUCUCCUAAAACCAACGGGCUUCACAAUGCCGGCCCAAAGAGCCCCAAGUCUUCCAACAACCUCAGCUCCUUGGUCCAAGAACCAGACCUCAACAGCGCUCAAAAAGUCAACCAAAAGAAGAAGAGGAAAAAGAAGCGCAGGCAUUCUGAGGUGGAGGGUGACACAGAGCCAGCAGCUGAAGUGAUACAGGCCGACCCCGUGGAGUCAGCCAGCGAGAAGAAGCGCAAGAAUAAAAAGAAGAAGCGAAAGAAGGCGCAUGAAGACGGAGAGGAAGCGAAGGAGAGGGAGUGUGUCCUGUCUCACCUGGACACACCCAACCAGGAAGAGGACUGGUGCCAGGGUGGUAUGUGGAGCCUUACAUCCCAUCCAGAUACAGAGCAGUCCAAACAAAAACCUCAGUUAGCUACCAAAACCCCAACGCUUUGCGAGUCAAAUCCGGAAGACCAGGGAGAAGACUCUGUGAAGUUGAAAAAGAAGAAGAAGAAAAAGAAGCUGCAGGUGGAGGAGGCUCUGGAGGAUACAUCCUCAGCAUGCUCCGCACCAGAGAGAACUUCGGAGACAAAGGCCACAGUCACACAGAAUAAUACUGCAGAUUUGAUAAUGUUGAAAAAGAAAUUAAAGAAGAGGAAGAAGAAGCUAAAAGAAGAGGUGAGCCUGUGGGAGGAGAGUAGGCGCUGCUCGAAUGGACACGACGAUGAGCCUGAACAAGUGGAACCUCCUUCCAACGAGAACACCAAGGAGAAUGGAGAAAUUAGUCAAAACAACACAGCCAGAGUGGUGGUGUGGGACAGCCAAGUGAAGGACGGCUACAAACGCAGCAAGGCGCCAGCGGCUGAUGGAGGUGAAGUAGGAGACACCCCGGCCCCUGCGGCCCCUGCUGCUCCUGGAGCCUGGGACGGCAAAAAGACAAGUGGUGUGGUGGAGGAGCUGCUGAAGAACUCUACAGACAAGGCCUACGGAGCCAACGUCCUUAGUUGGGAUGGAGAUGUCUCUGCCAUUAGUAGAGAUGCUGCCGACGAUGUCCGCCAAGCCCAGUGUGACACUGUGAUCGAUGAGUGGGAUGAAGACUUUGAUAGGGGAAAGGUGAAGAAAAUCAAAAACUAUAAAAGAGAGAAGUGGAGAGGUGGCGGCAGCAGCAUCUUCCAACAGAUCCAGGAAAGGCGGAGCAAGUGGUCUGUCACACCCGGCGGGAAGAGAGCUUUUGGAGUCCGUCGCUGAGAGUCCAGAUUGCUGUUGAGGCUCAUGCUGACUGGAAAUUGAGACAACACUGAAUACCAAACUCCUGUACCUUUACUCACUCUUUUAUUUUUAUUAUUAUUUUUGUAUCUCUCUUUCCUGUGUUGAGACCCAAAUUACACGAAAGAACCACAGACUACUUUGACAGUCUUGAUCUCAAUUUUAAACAAACCUGAAAUAUUGGCUUCAGUGUUGACCAAUCUUAUCCCCUUUUUAAUCAAAAUACUGAAUCAAGCUUUUCUACGCAUGCAAAUAGUUGCUAUGUGUAGUAUGAGAUCGUAUAUCUGCCACACUUCGGCUGUCUUGUAUUGGAAACUGAACACAAUCUCAGAGCCAAGUUUUGCAGACAUAAGAGCUCUGUUUGUAGGACAUUUUUAAAACUCCUAAAAUUCUUCUAUUCUAAAUUACAAAUAUCAAAAUAUAUUAUAGAUUUCUGUAUGAUUUACCUAUUUGAUACCUUUGUUCGCCGACAUUUUAUUUUGCUGCAGUGUCAGUGCCACGUGGCUUGUUUUUAAGGACCAAAUUUUGCCUGCAUAUUGUUGGUAAAAUCAAGCUUUAAAAUGGCCACUAUUUUCUUAGUAUGCAUGUUAAAUAUAUACAAAGGUAAAUUUUGUUUUUAGUUGUGUUAGUUUUUGUUUGUAAUUUCUUUUUUUUCUCCUUUACAAAUCCUGUUUAUUUUAGAGUUACAUGUAGAUUCAUUUAAGGCCACAAAAGAAUGCUCUGUCAAUUUCUAUUAACAGUUAAACUGUUAGUGGUUGUGUUCAUGAACCACUUGUUGGAUGAUUAGCCUCUGUUUACCUUGACCUUAUUGGUUAUUGACAACUCAUAAUGUGUUAUGCAGGAUGUAGGUUGGGGUUGUUGGGAGGAACCGUCAUCAGUCCAACGUUCAGGAGCUCUGUGGAGAUUUGACUUUUCACAAACUGUUCUUCACCAAUGUUCUGAAAUAAAGGGGUUGCAUUUUAUACUUGAGGCACUUUGUUAGACUGGGAUUGCCACAUGCUAAUAAUUUAUUUCCCCCUUGUAUCUUAUAUCUCUAUGCAAUUUUCUGAUGCUCAUGCUGGUCACCUAGAAACUGGGCUAAGACUCAGGAAACCAGACAACCCGUAUCCCAUUUUCAUCUCGGAUCAGACUCCCCUAUUUCAUAUUAGACUAGUUCCUAUCCACGACCACCAUUUUGCUUCUUGUACAUCCUGUAGAAAUUGUUUUAUACAAAAUAUUUCAGGUGUGGAAACCAUGGGAUCAUCUUGCACCAAUCCUGGCACAGAUGCGUAGAGAAACUAGCGUUAUAAAAAAUGCUUUGCCAGCGUAGAAGCGUGUACAGUCCAUCUUGUGCUACCUGUUUCCCCCCACCGCUGUAAAGAUUUGCCCAUGCAUUUCUUCUCAUUCUAGAGAUGUUGCCUUGAAUUGGCUAUCAAAAAAGUAUAGGAGUUAAUGUUAUAAAUAUAUAAUUUAAAGAAGAAAAGACAGAUCUUUUAUGUGCUACUAAUACUCAGAUCAGUGGGUGGACGUUAACUUGAGCAAUUAUCUGCAAAUGUGUUUGCUCGUGUGUGAGAGCUGUCUUCAUGCAAGACCCUCCCUAUGUCACUGUGGUGUGUACAGUACAAGAGACUACAGCAGUCUAAUUUCCAUAGGACAUGUUUGUCUGCUGUGAAAUCGGCAAAGGGUGUGACUCUCAAACUAACACAGGAACAUUUACCAGUGUGGAUGGACGGUCCACAUGUUUGCAUUGAUGGUUCUAUAUUUUGCACCACUUUUUCUGACCAUGGAGGAGACCUUUCAUAAUGAAAGUGUCUCUUUCCACAUUAUAGUUAGUUAUAAAGGUGCAAUAAAGUUGUGACUUUUGUGA